GAUGGUCGUUUGCUUUUGGGCGCGUUCAAUGCUACCCGCUAACCAUGUGUCCAGGGCAGUCAACAUUUGGCCUUAUCUAAAAUAUGCACACAAGUCCUUGGUUUCGAGCAGAGAGUUUUCGUAAUGCGCCGCCCCAAGGCAACGUCAAAAACUCAAACUCAAACACAAACACAACACAGAGAACUCACACACACAAAACUCAAACUCAAACCUCAAAACCUGCCAACAAUGGCAACAAAUUGUUCUAUUUGCUGUAUUUUACGUUGCUUACAAAUAUUUUCUGCUGUGUGGAAAUGCACAUCAACCUUGGCAAGCGUUUGAAAUUGCAAGUGUUGUGCAACAACACACACACACAAACACACACACAUUGAGAGUGUUACGCUUAAAACUUUAUUGUGCAGAAGUUAAUUGAAUGUUUGCUUAAUUUGAAAUAGCCACGAAAAUAUCUACAUAUCCAACCAAGUAACCCAAAACAACAUCAACCCAACUCUAAGCUCUGCAAAUGGAACAUAACUUUAAGCAUGCCAAGUGAAGCCAAUUUUAUAGACUUUUUUUAAGAAGGCGCUAACGCAAAGUGAGAGGGAGAGACAGAGGGGAGAGACCGUCAACAAUAGUAGUAAAUAGUCACUUUCAAGAUUAACAGACUCUAAUCAAGGGCGACAGCGGAAAUUGUCGAGAUUUGUCAGGCCAGAUGAUGGCAGCGGGCAACGGGCGGAUCCGCAAGCGUAAGCAUCGCAGCCACGCUGGCGACUUGCCGGCGACAACGACGACGACAGCUGGAGUGGGAGUGGGAGGAAAUGAAAUAGGAGAUGCUGGAGGAGUGGGAGGCACAUUAACCAGCAUAACAAGGGACAACACAACGCCAACCGCAGACCCGGACAGGCAACACUGGCAGCAGGACGAUGCCGGCCACGUAGAGAGCUCUAAUAAUUUCACGCAUAAUUUCGUCGAUUUGCAGAAUCUCUUGAAUUUCAACGAUUUGCUAAGCAGCGUCAACGGCAGCAACAAUGUUGAUACCACUAGCGGUGACAGUGGCAAUGCAAAUGGAAAUCUAAAUCUAAAUGGCAAUGGCAAUGGUAAUGCGCUUGACAGUGGCAGCAGCUUCUCGAGCACAUCGAGUGCUAUUAAAUUGAAUAACGGCCCCAUUACGGAUACACUUUUGGCUGCCGUCCUGACCACGGCGACCGCAACGGUGGCGCCAGCCGCCAGCUCCUUGAUAGCGAGCAUGUCAGCCACAACGACCACAACAUCAUCUUCCCAGUUGGCUGUUGUCUCAACGAUGCAGGCUGUCCAUGCCUUACCUGGCGCCGCCUCCAUGCCAGACGCCACCUCAUCCACCUACUAUGCGAAUCUCUUGAGCAUGUCGCCGGCCACAACGAGUCUGAUCUCGGUGGCCGCCACCAAAUCGUACAAUGAUAGCGUGCUGCGCUGGGAGCAAUUGGAUGGCAACGGGGACUUUGGCUUCGAUCCGCUCUAUCGCCAUUCGCUGGCCAUGUCCAUUGUCUAUUGUGUGGCAUAUAUUCUAGUGUUCCUCGUUGGACUCAUUGGCAACAGCUUCGUGAUUGCCGUCGUGUUGCGUGCUCCACGUAUGCGCACUGUUACCAACUACUUCAUCGUUAACCUGGCCAUCGCUGAUAUUCUGGUGAUUGUCUUCUGUCUCCCAGCCACGCUCAUUGGCAACAUCUUUGUGCCCUGGAUGCUUGGCUGGCUGAUGUGCAAGUUUGUGCCCUAUAUACAGGGUGUCUCGGUGGCGGCAUCGGUUUACAGCUUAAUUGCUGUAUCACUAGACAGGUUCAUUGCCAUCUGGUGGCCAUUGAAGCAGAUGACAAAGCGACGUGCACGCAUCAUGAUUAUCGGCAUAUGGGUAAUCGCUCUGGUAACCACCAUACCCUGGCUGCUCUUCUUCGAUCUUGUGCCCGCCGAGGAGGUCUUCUCCGAUGCCCUCGUCUCCACCUACACACAGCCGCAGUAUUUGUGCCAGGAAGUCUGGCCACCGGGCACCGAUGGCAAUCUGUACUUUCUGCUCGCCAAUUUGGUUGCCUGUUAUCUGCUGCCCAUGUCGCUGAUCACACUGUGCUAUGUGCUCAUCUGGAUCAAGGUGUCGACACGCAGCAUUCCCGGUGAGAUGUCCAAGGAUGCGCAAAUGGAUCGCAUGCAGCAGAAGAGCAAGGUUAAGGUCAUCAAAAUGCUGGUCGCUGUCGUCAUCCUCUUUGUGUUGUCCUGGCUGCCGCUCUAUGUGAUCUUUGCACGCAUCAAGUUCGGUUCGGAUAUAUCGCAGGAGGAGUUCGAGAUACUCAAGAAGGUGAUGCCAGUGGCCCAAUGGCUGGGCUCCUCCAACAGCUGCAUCAAUCCCAUUCUCUACUCGGUGAACAAAAAGUAUCGACGCGGCUUUGCGGCCAUCAUCAAAUCGCGCAGCUGCUGCGGACGCCUCAGAUACUACGAUAAUGUGGCCAUUGCCUCCUCGACCACCAGCACCCGCAAGUCCUCGCAUUAUCACCCGAGCAGCUCGAGGAAAAGUCCCAGCAGCCCGGGAUUGCGUAAGACGAAUGCCGUUUCCUACAUCUACGAACACAACUCGCUGCGACGCCACAAUCUGAUGAUGAAACAGGAUAGCAAUCUGUCGCAGCAGAUGCUGCUCAAGCAGGACUCGCACGGUUCGCGCCAGUUUCUCAUCAAGCAGGAGAGUUCGUGCAGCGAUGCCUCCGGCACACGUCGCCUGCUCUGUCAACAGGAUAGCAAUGGCAGCAAGGUUUCGCUCUCCAAACAGGACUCGAUUGUCUCGUACAUGGAAGCCCGCCGGGUGGCCGCAUUGAGUAGCAGCGUGCCCCUUGACUCCACCGCAGUAGCAGCAGCAGCAGCAGGAGCAGCCGCACAGCAGGAGAACAACUCCAUGGAGUCACGUCGUACUCCGGUUGGUCAGGGAGCAUUGCCGGCGGCUGUGUCGCCUGCCACGUUGUUGGACAAACGGCAGAAGUUUGUGAAACAGGAUUCGGUCAUCUCGUUUGUGGAUCAACGCCCGGAGCCGCGACGUCAUCAGCUGGUGAAACAGGACUCGGUUAUCUCGUUUGCCGAUCAACGACGUGGCCUCCUUCACAAGCAGGACUCGCUGAUGGCAAAUCGCGCGAAUGAUGCUCCGACUCAUCAUGUGUCCAUACUGAAGAAGACCGACUCGCAGCUGAGCUACGGCAACUGCUCGCCUCGUCGCAAUGUGGAGCUCUACGAGUAGAUGAAGAGAGGGGAACUCACUAAAUUGAAAACAAUAAAAAAAGUCACUAACUAUAUAUGCAUACAAUAUACAAACUAAACACAAGCAUAACCAACUAUCAACACCAAAUCUUGCAUAGGGUAUAACUUAAAUAGAAAAGAGGGUGUAGGGAAGGGAAGGGAGGGGAGGAAGUGCGCCUGCGACUGUGAUAGAAGUCGGCAAUGCUGGAACUUCAGAGCUUGGCUUAUCCGUCGUACACACAAAGUAAAAAGAGGGAAGGGAAGGGACAGGUGGGGUUUGGACCAAUUUGCUAACGAAGCGCGUAGUUAAUACACAUAACUGAGAUGGCUUAGAUAGGCACGCACCCACACACAGAAACACACACACACACACUCACACACCAUACCAUCACACACGCAAUGCACAUAAUAUGUAUAACAUAGUUAUUAGAUGUUUUAUACGUGUUCCAAUAGUUCUACAAACACCUCCCACACACUCACACACACACAACACUCAAACACAACUAAUCUUGACUAUACCCAAUGUAUAUUCGCACUUAACGUUACGCAGUUUUAAGAUUGUUUGUACUCGUCAUUUGCUAUAUAACAUACACGAUAUCGGAGAAACACUCAGCUUUGCUUUCAACAAAGUGCUGACAACAAAAACAAAAAGGAGUGCGGUUUUUUUUACCAGCCCAGCUAAGGGGCUAAGCUAAACAUUUUCUACAAACAAACAACAAACGAACAACCAUAACACCAAAUAAACAACAAGUAAAAUCGAAAACAAAAAUUAAAAAACAUAUAUAGUAAAGCGAGAGUGAAACGUAACGCGUGUUGAGCGCGCAGGAAUGUCCAGUAUCAAAGAAGUUAUAUGUAUGUAUAACAAAUAUAUAUUUGAGAAACACCGAGGUCUAAAGUAACGUACCUACUAAAAAAUUUUUGUAUGAAAAUUCUUACAAUUUAUAUAUACAUAUAUAUAUUUGUAUUGAUUUUGGAAUAAGCAAUAUAUGCAAUACAAUACGGCGCUCGUCUGUAUGCAUCUAUCCAGAACAAACAAUAAUCAAUUUUAUUAGAGUUUUACACAGAAAAUGAAGUGAAAGCGAGGCGAGAAAAUUGCACAGUUGAGAGUAGAAAAGAGUAUUAUGUGGUUUAUGGGUUAAUUAAGUGGCACAUCCAGCUGUAAUUGGGUAUAGAAAUAGAAAUGGCGAUGAAAAUGUGAAAAUAUGAAAAUGGAGAACACUUAAGAGAGCGCACAAAUGCAGUAUGAAAAUGUUUACGGGUGACAACGACGAUGAUGGCGAAAGGGAUCGAAUAACUCUUUUUAUUUUUUGUAUUCUUUUCAUUUUAUGAAUUAAUACUAUAAACAACAAAAUGAACUAAACUAAAAAGAAUGUGAAAAAAACAUGGGUAGGGAGUACUAGAAGCUGUCCGAGCAUUCGCACUAAGUAAACGUAUCACUAAAUACAAAAAAAAAAACAAAAAAAAAACAACAAAUAUAUAAGAGAGAAGAAAAACAACAAUAAUAAUCAAACGUAAUUUGUUAAGUUAAAAAAAGCAAACACCAAGCAACUCUAAACAAAACAAAAAAAUAAGAUAACAAACAAUUUUAAUAAAUGACUAUCGAAUAAGUAAAACAAAAAACAAGAAAACUUCUACAUAACAAUACGAGUAACUAUGGAACUAAAAAGUAAGAGUACAGAAACAUACGAAAAUCAUGACAACAAACUAUGCAAUUCUAUUGUUAGCCAAAAUUUUAUAAAUGUCAAGUAAUAAAUGUAAAAACCAACAUUUAUAUGUAUACAAAAACAAAUAAUAAUAAUAAUAAUAUAUCAAGUUACUCGCAAAGAGCAUAGUUUAAACAAACAAAAAACCUAUAAACCCAUUUUGAAUCUGACAUUAGACGCUGUUGCUCUCUGGACCCUUGACACGCCCCACAUAUUAAUUUGAGCCACAAUAAAUCCACAUAUGAGUAGAGAUGGCUAACUGUCUCAAGUUGGCCAGCUUAAAGCUUCAUUAACCCCCAGAGACAUCUUAGGACAGUCACAAAAUCGCCAGCGUCUAAUGCGUAGAUACAACACCCACAAAAAACACCAACAACAACAACAAGUAAUAUCAAUAAUAUAUUAAAUAUACUUAUAUAUACUUAUAUGCAUAUAAGUGAGUUGAGAGAAGCAGCAAGUAUGCAAUAACAUCCAUAAUUUAGUAUUAACAAAUGCAAAGUUAUAUAUAUUAUAUUUAUGAAAUACAUACUUACAUACAUAUGUACAGAUACAGUUACUAUGUUCUCGUAUGUAGUGCUUAUUAUUAUGAUUAUUGAGAGCCAGAAUAUAUAAGUAUUUAAUGCAUACACACACGCAUACAUUACAUAGUUGCAUUCGUAUUAGUAUUACAUAACAUACAAAUACCUAUUCCUUUUUAAAAGCCCCACACACACACACAUUGCUUUACAUAUUAUACAUACUAUAUGAAAUCGAAAGAAAAUCAAAAACGAAAUUUAGACGAUUGGAGCAAAGAAAAUACAAGUAAUAUUUAUCAAAUAAACGAAUCGAACUUUAAGUUUUAAAACUCAAAAUAAGAUGAUGAAACGUACUAGUUAAACUAAAAACAAAAAAAUAAGAAAAACAAUAUGAAUAAAAAUAAAACAGUUUCUGUUCGAUAUUAUUGUGCGACAAA